AUGGAUUUCGCAAGGUCUACCAAAGACUUGACGUGUAAAGGGCAGUACUACAUCGUUGCCUCGGGAACCUUACGCGCUAAUCGAGAUUACAAUGUGGCUGUCGCCGUGCACCACACCAAGGAGCCAGUUACCUUGAAGAUUGGUAUUACGGGACCUUCGUACAACGAAGCUCAAACAGUUGAGCUGUUAAAUUCGGAUGGCUUCCAGCAGAUUACGUUCAAGUUGCCUGCUCUAACUUCGGGUGACUAUCAGUUAACCGCAGAGGGUGUCGCUGGAAUGGAGUUCAAGAGCUCCAAGGAGCUUUUCUUCGAAGAGUUUGAGCCCAGAGUAAAGUUGCAAACCGACAGGGGAAAGUACAAGCCGGGAGACAUAGUAAACUACCGGAUCGUUUUCUUGGAUGAAGACCAAAUGCCUAGCGCGGCACAGGAUGAUUUAGUUGUACGGUUCGACGACUCCAAACACACACUCAUCGCGAUGGUAAAGGACAUAAAGACCCGUUGUGGAGUCUAUACUGGAAAGCUUCAACUGUCCGAGCUUGCAGCGUUGGGCCUAUGGACCCUUUCCGUUCAGAAUGGUCGCACGGAUGAGCGUGUCCAAUUCGAGGUAGAGAAGCAUGUUCUUCCAAGAUACAUCGUGAAAAUGGAUGCGAAUCAACAUGUCUCAGUCAAGGAUGGCAACUUGUACGUUGCGGUAAGGGCCAAAUACGCCUAUGGCAAACCAGUAAAUGGCAAGGUAUUGCUCAAAGUGCAUAGGGAAAACUCAACUUGGUGGAGCCACACACUAAUAAGGAAUACUAGCCUGGUCAAUGGCACUGCGAAAUUUGAUAUAGAUAUUAAGGAACUGGACAAUUUUUCGCAAGAUAAUUUCCGCUCGUUGCACUACAAGAUUUUAGCCACUAUUGAGGAAGACUUUACGGGCAUUAAACUCAGUGAAAACACCAGCUUUCAACUACAUGCCAAUCGCUAUAAAAUGAUCAGAAUAGAUUCGAAAGCGAAAAAUGGGUUAGUAUUUCAGAUCACUUACGUUGAUGGUACGUUGCUAAAGGACAACAAGAGCCUUGUCAAGCUUAAGCUCUUCCCGGGCACGUAUUAUUCUGGACAGGGCACACAGAAAAGAGAAGAGAACAGUUAUGCUGAAUAUGUGACCCAACUCAAUGAGUCAAGUUUUGCUGUUUUUAAGGUGGCGUCAGAAGAUUUACCAGAACCAGGAAUCUAUUGGGGUGGACAUAACGGGGUGCUUCAGUUUGAUGGGGAAGAGCAAACCGUAGACAUAGAUUCUCCCAGCGAGCCGCGCACGUGUGGGCAUGCUUACAUUAUGCGUAAAUUGUGGAGUGAACAGUUGCUCAGACUCAAUGUGCAAAACCCUACGAAGAAUGCGAGGCUCCAAAUCGGUGAGGUAUAUCAAGUAACUUUGGAGUCUAGGCGCCCCCUGAAGAAUUUCGUGUACAAUAUCAUUGGACGUGGAAAUGUCCUGCAGACGCACCGAGUCGUGCUGAGUGAGCCACAGGAGGUCUAUAGCAUCACUCUGACACCCACAUUCGAAAUGCUUCCUGACGGUCACAUAUAUGCCUACGAAGUGGACGAGACUGGGGCAUUUCGCCAUACCAAGACUGAAUUUCAUGUAGAAGUCCAGCUACCGAACCCGAUUCAAAUUAGCGCUCCACUUGAGGUUAGGCCAGGCUCAGAUGUUGAGCUAGAGAUUAAGACGGCGCCAGGAUCAUUCGUUGGCCUUAUGGCGGUGGAUCAAAGCGCUUGCCUUGGCGCCAACAACAGCGAUAUCAAGAAUAACCCGUUCUCUUGCCUUGGGCGCUAUGAUAUAUGCCCAACUCGGCAACGGCUAGUUGGACUUGUGACUAUGACAAAUGCCGAAUUCAUUUAUGAUCGAAUGGGCUUUUACCAUCGAGAAGAAGACUUUUACAGUAGCUCGUCGACCCAGAGGACACGCGCAGCAUCACCAGCAGCAACUGAUCAGCCUCUACCGAAUGUGCGGAGAAACUUUGCCGAAACGUGGCUAUUCGAGGACAUUGAAAGUACGGAAACGGAGACAUUUAAGUUUGUCCGGAAAAUUCCUGAUACAAUUACAAGCUGGGUGCUGUCGGCGUUUUCACUGCAUCCCGAGAGGGGCUUGGGCGUGAUCAAUGACCAGCUGCAAAUUAAGAGCUAUCAGCCGUUCUUUGUGUCCGUGCGUCUGCCCUACUCGGUGAAGCGCGGAGAGGUGAUCAAUGUGCCCGCUCUGGUCUUCAACUACCUGCCCCAUCAACUGGACGUGAAGGUGACUCUGAGCAAUGAGGACAACGAGUACGAUUUUGUGGAUGUGUCCAGCGCAGCUCCUGGCGACUUCCAGAAGCGCACGAAGACACUGAAGGUGGGCGCGAAUGCCGCAGUAGGCGCUUCCUUCUUCUUGCGUCCCAAAAUCGUUGGCAGCAUAAUGCUGAAAUUUACAGCCGUUUCGCCUCUUGCCGGAGAUGCCGUGCUCAAGACCCUUAAGGUAGUGCCGGAAGGUGUGACGCAAUAUAGGAACCGGGCACUUUUCCUAAAUUUGUCGGAUGUGCACGAGCUCAAGGGCAGCUUUGAGCUGGAUCUACCGGAGGACCUUGUGCCAGACUCGCAACAUAUUGAAAUCGGUUUUGGCGGAAGUCUGCUAGGCCCGACCGUUAAGCACUUGGAGCGGUUGCUGCGCUUGCCCAGCGGCUGCGGCGAGCAGACCAUGUCCAAACUUAUGCCCAACUAUCUGGUGCAUGAUUAUCUGAAGCACAUGAAGAAACUAACUCCAGAAUUGGAGCAUCGCAUAAAACGAAAUCUAGAGCAGGGCUAUCAGAAUAUGCUUCACUACCGUCUCGACGAUGGCAGCUACAGCUCGUUUGGACCAAGCCAGUGGCAUGAGGAGGAUCCCGAACGCAAAGGGUCCACCUGGCUGACGGCCUAUGUGGUGCGUUCCUUCGGUCAGAUAAGGGAUUUGAUAAAAGUGGACGAGAAACUACUAGAGAGUGGAUAUGAGUUUCUGCUCAGCCGCCAGGCUGAGAACGGAAGCUUCACGGAGAAUGGCGACCAUUUCUAUGACGCGCAGCGUUCAGCCCUUACGAUCACGGCCAACGUACUGCUGGCUCUACUUGAGCACCAAAAGCCCAGCCAAUCGGCCAUCGAUCGGGCUGUGGCCUAUCUGAAUGCCCGCACGACUGAGGAGAAUGGGGAAGGCCUGUUGCCCAGGGCCAUUGCGACCUACGCUCUGCAGAGGGCAAAGUCCCCAGAUGCCGCCAGGCAUGUGGCUGCACUGCAGGCACUGGCCCAGCACGAGGCAGAUCACACCUGGUGGACGGAAGAUAAACUAAAGUUUUGUGCCAGUCAGAGCAUUGAAAUCACUUCGUAUGCAGUGCUCUCGCUGCUGGAAUCGGGCCAGGGGACUCUCGAUUCACUGUUGUAUUCGAUUCGCUGGCUGGUGGCACAGCGGAACUCCUUUGGGGGCUUCGCUUCCUCGCAGGAUACGGUGGCUGGCCUGCAGGCACUCAUUCAGUUCGCCAAGAAGUUCGGCGAGGAGCCAGCUAAGUGGCACGUAUCCGUCUCCAAUCAUGGACAGCUAGAAAAGACGGAGCAGCUCAGCCUGACCGAAGAUAACGCAUUGCUACUGCAAGCUGUGGAGUUCCCCCAAGGCACCAAGUCGCUGUCGUACGAGGUCAAGGGAACUGGCGUUGCUCUGCUACAAGUCAGCUAUCAGUACAAUGUUGUCACAUGUGAGCCCAAGCCUAGCUUCAAGCUUCAAGCUAUUGUUCAACCAGGAUCGCCGGCAGCCAAGUUGGUGCUCAGCGUAAGCGUUGAGUAUGUAGAGGAGGGCAAGGCUGAGGCUUCCAAUAUGGCCAUACUGGAGGUCUCACUACCUUCCGGCUAUACCGUGGAAGAGGACUGCUUCAAGGACAUACAGCAAAUCGAUCGCGUCAGGCUGGUGGAGACCAAAAAUGACGACUCUGUGCUGGUCAUCUACUUUGAGAGCCUGCGUAAGGGAGAUAUGAAGUGCCUUCUCAUCGAGGCAUUUAAGAGCCAUCAUGUCGCAUGUCUAAGGCCCGCCCCGAUUGUCCUCUAUGACUACUACGAUACGAAUAAGAAGGCAACAGAGUACUACGAAGUAGAAUCACAACUAUGGAACAUUUGUGAGGGAUUUGACCUUGCGGGCGAGAGCUAAAUACGAUAGUUGAGAGAAAAACUUGUAUGAAUGCAUACA